AUGGCUAGAUUCUGUGAAUUCAAACCACUCAACGAGAACACGCUCAUCGAAUACAUCAAAACCAUCCCCACCCUCUCCUCCAAACUCAACAACAAUUUCUCAGACAUAUCCAUCAAAGAAAUCGGAGACGGCAACCUUAAUCUCGUCUUCAUCGUUUCCAACUCCGAUGGUUCUUUCAUCAUCAAACAGGCACUUCCAUAUGUCCGUUUAAUAGGCGAAUCAUGGAAGAUGACAAAAGAGAGAGCUUAUUUUGAGUCACUGGCGUUGAAACAAAAGGGUAAACUGUGUCCGGAACAUGUGCCGGAAGUUUAUCAUUUUGAUCGUGUUAUGUCUUUGAUUGGUAUGCGUUAUUUGGAGCCACCACAUAUAGUUCUCAGAAAUGGAUUGGUUGCUGGUGUUGAGUACCCUUUGCUAGCUGAACACAUGUCUGAUUUCAUCGCAAAAACACUCUUCUUUUCGUCUUUGCUUUUCCGUUCUACCAACGACCACAAACGAGAUGUUGCUGAGUUUUGCGGGAACGUGGAGUUAUGCAGGCUAACUGAGCAGGUCAUUUUCUCUGACCCUUACAAACUUUCUGAACAUAAUCAUUGGACUUCUCCUUAUCUUGAUCGCGAUGCUGAGGCUAUUCGGGAAGACAAUUUACUGAAGCUUGAAAUUGCUGAGCUGAAAUCAAAGUUCUGUGAGAGGGCUCAGGCACUACUACAUGCAGAUCUCCACACUAGUUCUGUCAUGGUUACUCGCGAAUCAACUCAAAUUAUUGAUCCGGAAUUCGCAUUUUAUGGACCAAUGGGCUUUGAUAUUGGAGCAUUCCUUGGAAACUUGAUUUUGGCUUUCUUUUCUCAAGAUGGACAUGUUGAUCAAACAAAUUAUCGAAAAGCAUAUAAAGUUUGGAUUCUUAAGACAAUUGAAAAUACUUGGAAUCUUUUCUACUAUAAAUUCACUACACUUUGGGAUAACCAUAGAGAUGGAACUGGUGAGGCAUAUCUUCCAGAAAUCUAUAACAAUCCUGAGGUUCAGCUACUUGUACAGAAGAAAUACAUGACAGAUUUGUUUCAUGACAGUCUUGGAUUUUCCGCUGCGAAAAUGAUAAGGAGAAUUGUUGGAGUGGCACAUGUUGGGGAUUUUGAAUCAAUUACUGAUGCUGUUAAACGGGCAACGUGUGAAAAGCAGGCACUUGAUUUUGCUAAGAUGCUUCUGAAAGAAAGAAGAAAAUUUGAGGCCAUUUCUGAAGUUGUCUCAGCAAUUACGCAAGUUUAG